AUGCUGCCCAACCCAUUUGUACCAUUCACGUCUGAAAAGACCGGAAACUACUUGCUCGCGAUGGUGUCGGAUUUGGAACCUCCGAUCGGUUGUGCGAACGUCGACCACAUCGCGUGGCGCUGGAAUCAAAUGUUUCAAGUCAAACAAAUCCGGCGAAAUCCACUCCUCCUGCCAAAAACGUUGGACGACAUGGCUGUGGACGGCAAGCCGCACACAAACGAGCAAGCUGUGACUGUGCAUUUCUACUUGAUCCGCUUGCCAACGUUUUCGUGCUGCAGGGACUUCUGCGAACGGUCCCGACUGCACGCAUUGAAACAGUGCGACGAGUACACACGCGCCAUAGAGACGUCGACCGUCCUGAUCGAAGCCUCGAUUGGAGCUCGAACGAAAAACAUCUCUCGGUUGAACUUGGUGUGUCAUGACAGCAAGGACGCGAUUGCACAAAUGGCGAGCCAGCAAAAGACGUCGAUUCUCGAAAAGGAAACAAAAUGGAACGACGAAAAACUGAGGGCGUUGACCAAGAUGCGAAAUCGCUCGUUUGCAGCGUCGCGUCAAAAGACGGAGCUGAAAGCAACUGAACAACCCCCAGUGGUGAAAACGUCGCAGAGCGUGAAAAAGGCCAUCAGUCGUGGAAAGGCGAAUCAAGAAGUGCCCUGCUGUGGAAUUGAUGGGGUCCAGACGAAUCCACUUGAUCCUUUACUGGAGCUACACUCGAUGGCUCUUGAAGACCGCGACGUCCAUACUUCCAGUCACGAACACCUCCCUCCUGGCCCAAUUCUGAAAUCAAGGGCGCAAAUUCGAUUCUUUGAACAAUUGCUGGUGCCUACCUGCAUUGUGCACGUGAAACUUGGCGAGCUCGAGUGCAAAGUUGCCAUUCUAUCCAAGAAAGCACAUGGUUAUACUCCUGCAGGUCUACUGUUUCUGGUGGUGGGGUACGAUACGCCAUCAAUUCUGUCCUUGCGGCUAUCUGACGGAGAAUACGACGCAUGGGGCUACGGUCGUUCAAAGUUUGGCUACGAGCACUUUUGUCGAUGGUUAUGUGUCAUAUAUGUGAAGCGCAAGCGUCGGUUCGGCCUCGUCUGGUGUGGCAGCUCAUGCCCUCGACCGCUGCGGGCUCGAUCGGAAGAUGAUUCGAUAAUUUGCAUCCACAAAGAAGGAUUGAGGUUGCCAAGAGUUAACGAGCAUGCUGUGAUCUCCAUUUACCUACGACGAACAGCGUCCACCCUGGCAGCCAUUGUGGCGAACGUGACCAACAACUCCGUGACCGAAUACGCUACUGCUCUUGACUGGUCCGUCGCGGAAAACUUGCACAUUUUGACGUCGAGCGAUGGCAUCGAUAUUCAAUUCAAGCACAUACCUGUGACUCCCAAUGCGGCGAAGAUAAACUUGGAUGACCUGAUUGCGUGCCCUGUAUUGUACGCCGGAUCAAUUUCAUGGAACGAUGCGACUACCUUCCACACGACCAUCUACGAGUCUGGCCAUGCCUAUGUCGUGCAGAUGGCAGCGCUAGAUGAAGUACCUCGACAUGAAGUUGUGCACAAGCACGAUAUAAACCCACUGGAGAUAUCGUUGGCUCCUCGGGACUUCGCCGCGUUGUUUGCAAAUGCACGGGCAUACGACCCUGCACGACAAUGUGGGAUGAAUUUGUCUUGGAUUCGGCAAGCCAUUUGCACUCAUGCACGAUUGUUUUGUGUGGCCCGGUUUGGCCUUGGUCGAAAUGGUCAGUAUUUUCUUGUCGCGAUGUACAUUGCUCAAGACAAAAUUGCGUUUCGAGGGGGGCUUCUCUUCCGAGCCGUUCAGAUUGGAGACAAGGUGCUGCAUGGCACAGCAGCAGUUGCCUUGUCCGAUGUACUGCGAAGCACAAAUCGAUUAAGCUCCGCCCUCGGGAUGAGCACUUGGCACGAUAAGUAUGACGAAAAUGAAGCUUCGACGACGUCCGAACCAGAACAUGUUGGGGUGGCCAUGCAUUGCAACGCAUGUCUAGAACGUAUUCGAAAUGUUUUGGCAAAUGGUGUGCCAGCCAACCCUUGCUCUCACAACGCACUACUCGUCAACGUGUGCUUCAGUGUGUACUGCGUUCCUGACGAUGUGGCCAACCUCAAGGCAAACCUUCAACAGCACACACCAAAUGCCAUUGCCAUUGAGAAAGCCAAUUUUGGACUGACCGUCGCGUCAGCACAAGAGUAUAUCGAGCAAACAAGUAGGCACGGCUUGAUUGUGUUUGUGGUGCCAACUCAGUUGGAACACUGGAGCGAAAACGAUGACGUGGUGGACAGGGAUUUAAUUCGUCUAGCGCACGACGUCGAGCAACAACAACGUGAAGUUGCGACUGGAGAUGCCAUCCACGACCCGGACUUUGAGCAUUAUCUGAUUGCUGAAGCACUUGUGAUGGAGGCUACCAUGUUGUGCUACAAGUCGAGCGCGGCAUCGCUUUCGCUGAAAAAACCGAGCUCGAUCACCGGGGCUUCCAGUUGGAAGUUUGCCUGCCAACUCAUGGCAAAUCCAGAAGCAUUCCACUCGAACUUCCAGUCCCCUGUGAAGUGGAUGAACAUGUCCGACGAUUUGGCCACAAUUUUGCUGCAAUUCCACGACCAUCCUGAAUGGAACCUCAACGAACACAUGAAGCACCCGUUCAAGGCCCUGUACCGAUGGCUGGACUCUGGAAUGACGUUGCUUCAAACGAUUAGGAGACGGAAAGGGCUACUGCGAAACCACCGUUGCGACGAGUGGACGGUCUUCACCACGUAA